UCUGCCUGACCCCGCGGCUCUGCACGGCGGCGACGACACGGCGCGGCUCCCCGUUGGCGAUGCCGACAUGGCCAUGGAUUUAGGAGAGCUCAUGGUGCCCUACAUGCCCACCAUCCGAGUACCGCGGACGGGCGACAGAGUCUUCAAGAGCGAAUGCGCCUUCUCCUACGACACACCUGAGUCUGAGGGAGGCCUCUAUGUGUGUAUGAACACAUUCCUGGGCUUCGGGAGGGAGCACGUGGAGAGGCACUACCGCAAGACCGGGCAGAGUGUGUACCUGCACCUGAAGCGCACGGUUAAAGAGAAAGCCACCAAUGCUGCAGGGGGCGCCGCGCCACGCAGACGCAACGGAAAGGUGUUCUUAGAUAUCGAACUGAACCGGGAUUUCAAUGGAGAUGAUUACGACUACGAGGACGAGGCCCGGCUCGUCCUAUUACCGCAGCACUUUGAGAUCCCGUUGCCGAACAUCGAGGAGUUGCCUGCGCUGGUGACCAUAGCGUGUGACGCCAUGCUGAAUGCACCAUCCCCCUACAGGAAGCCAGAGCCUCUGCCCUGGGAUGACGAGAUCCAAGUGUCAAAACACUCCCGGGGCCUCCUGCAGCAGGACAGCGGGGUGCGGAUCCCCCCAAGUGGCUGGAAGUGCUCCAGGUGUGAGAUGCGCGAGAACCUCUGGCUGAACCUGACGGACGGAGCAGUGCUUUGUGGGAAAUGGUUCUUUGAUGGCACCGGAGGCAACGGCCACGCGCUGGAACACUACCGGGAGACUGGUUUCCCCCUCGCCGUAAAACUGGACACCAUCACCCCGGACGGAGCAGAUGUGUACUCCUUUGAUGAAGAGGAGGCCGUUGUGGACCCACGCUUGGCUGAUCACUUGGCACACUUUGGAAUAGAUGUCCUGCAGAAGAAGAAGAAGCCUGAGAGCGGCCGCACGGGCGGCGAGCUGCAGCCGCACUUGAGCGAGUGGGAGCUCGUCCAGGAGUCGGGACGCAAGCUCAAAGCGGUGUACGGCAGCGGUUACACUGGCAUCAAGAAUUUGGGCAACAGCAGUUACCUGGGAGCCACCAUGCAGGUCCUCUUCAGCAUCCCAGAAUUCCAGAGGGCGUAUGUGGGGAAUUUACAGAGGAUUUUCGACUACUCGCCCCUGGAUCCCACACGGGACUUUCACACACAGAUGGCUAAGCUGGGUCACGCCUUGCUCUCAGGCCAGCACUCGAAGCCACCAGUGAAGUCCGAGCUCAUAGAGCAGGUGGUGAAAGGAGACCGCGAUGCCGUGUCCAGGCCCCGGCCAACGGGGGUAUCCCCCAGGAUGUUCAAAGCCCUCAUCGGCGCCGAACACCCGGAGUUUUCCUCAAACCGACAGCAGGAUGCUCUCCAGUUCCUCCGACAUUUGGUCAGCAUCGUAGAGAGAAACAGCGCGUCCCCAGAGAGCCCUGCCGAUGUCUUCCGCUUCCUGGUGGAGGAGAGGACCCAGUGCUGCCAGUCGGGGAAGGUGCGCUAUGCCCAGAGGCCCGACCACAUCAUGCAGCUCCCGGUCCCCGUUGAGGCCGCCACCAACCGAGAAGAGCUGUUAGAGUAUGAAGUCCGGAAAAGGGAAGCAGAAGAGAACCGGAUGCCUCCCCCUCCCCCGGUCAGAGCCAGGGUCCCCUUCACAGUUUGCUUGCAGGCCUUCACUGAGCCAGAGAAUGUGCCGGACUUCUGGAGCUCUGCCCUGCAGGCCAAGUCGGCGGGGAUCAAGACAAGCCGUUUUGCCACAUUUCCCGACUAUUUGGUGGUUCAGAUUAAGAAGUUCAGUUUUGGUGUUGAUUGGAUUCCCAAGAAAUUAGAUGUCUCCGUGGAGAUGCCGGACUUCCUGGACCUCUCACGCCUGCGCGGUACAGGGCUGCAAGCCGGAGAGGAGGUGUUGCCCGACUUAGCUCCGCCCAUCAUCACACCAGAGGACCCCAUAGGGAACGUGAAUAACUUUUUGGACUCUCCGGAAAUAGACGAGUCGUCGGUGAUGCAGCUGGCUGAGAUGGGCUUCCCCCUGGAGGCAUGUCGGAAGGCCGUCUACUACACAGGAAACAUGGGCGCCGAGAUGGCCUUCAGCUGGAUCCUCGCCCACAUGGAGGAGCCUGACUUCGCCGAACCACUAGCAGUAUCUGGCUCUGCCCAGGACAACCCUCCCACCCGCACCCUUGCCUCAUUCCUGGCCAGCCAGCCGCCAGAGGAGAGCGUGGCCAUCGUGACGUCCAUGGGCUUCCCCAGGCAGUUGGCCAUCCAGGCCCUUCAGGCUACAAACAACAACCUGGAGCGAGCUCUGGACUGGAUCUUCACCCACCCUGAUGGUGCAGUGGAGAGUGAGCAGCCCUGCGACAGAGCUGAGCAGGAAGAGGAGGGGGAAUCCAGCGGAGACACCACCCACAAUGGCCUUGACUUCUCCCACGGGCUUGGCAGCUCCGCACCGCCCGCUGAGCGCGACCCCCCAGCCCCCAGGGUCAAGGAUGGACCAGGCCGAUAUGAGCUGUUCGCCUUCAUCAGUCACAUGGGACCCUCGACAAUGUCGGGCCACUACGUGUGUCACAUUAAAAAGGAGGGAAGGUGGGUGAUCUACAAUGACCAUAAGGUGUGCCUGUCAGAGAAACCGCCGAAAAACUUGGGCUACAUCUACUUCUACCAGCGGCUGUCGCACAGUUAGGUUAUGGACACCCGGACCCCAGGCCAUCUUGAAACAGUGAAGGAGGGGCUGUGUGGGAAGGCAAGCAAGGGGCCUAGCACGCGCAAACCACCAUCAUCACCGUCAUCAUCAUUAUCAUUAUCGUCAUUAAUUGAUACAGAUGCAAAAUUAGGACAGGGAGAAGUCGGAUAUGUUGCCUUUGGCUCGAGUGCUAGUCUCUCCACUGCAUUGUAUUGUAUGCCGUAAGAGGAAGAGGUAGAGAAGGAUCUAUGUGUCUUUAGUCAUUUAAAAAGUAGCUUAAACUCAUCAAAUAUGACAGUGUUUAUUUCCCAAGUCUUGAGCUCUAUCCAAUUCACAUUUGAGAAAUGAUCCAUUUUCCCUCGUUUGUUCUCCCUCUGUUGGAAUGAAGACCCAACGAAGUCGGCUUCGGAAAUGUCCAUAAUUAGAAUUGCACCGAGCAUGGCAUCCCAACCGCUCCUUCCACAGAGGCCCGGCGGCGGAGCCGAAUCUCUCCCGUAAUCAUCGUGCCACACGAAUAGCGAUGGCUUUAAACAACUUGACUUUUCCCGGCUCUUUUCUCUAUGUUUUAAACAAAGAGCUUUGGUUGAUCACACCUGGGGGUGAUAAAGGGGCUUGCUGGGAAAUCACAGCUCCGGACACUAGCAGCCACAGGCAGGGUUGGGAGGGGUACGAGAGGGUUCAUCUUGUGUGUAAUUUCUCUUCCUUUGGUUGAGGGAUGAACCUUCCAGGAACUGAUGCACCUGCCGUAAUUGCAUCCGACCCACUGAAACCCGAUGACUUGCACCCAUAGCCACUGUUCCGGUGAUCUUUGUUUUCAUGCUCACAUGAAAGCACUUUGAACAUAAAUGUGUAUCUUUUCAGGCACAUUUUUUGGAUCAAUACCUUAAAAGCAACAUUUCAACCCAAUUUUUUUUUUAAGCACUGCAUCUUUAAAUCGUGUCGGUCAAUAUCAUCACACUUUGCCACAAGUCUAUAGAUUGAAUAUAAGCCAUCUAACAGCUGUGAAAAAUGUAUUUCAUUAAUUUGUUUUCAAAAUCAUUAUAAAACAUCAGUUUAAGUGCAGACUACAGUAUUUUCGUUAACAAAUCAGCUUGGAUUGUGUAAAAAAAAAAUCUGAUAAACCUGAAAUGAACUGAAAAAUUGCUUCAAGACUUUCAGUUAUUCCAUUUCCAUCAAAGAUAUAAAUUGAAAUUCGCAGAGAUAUGAAUGAAAAUAAUUAAACCACAUUUAGGCCAGGAAGGAUAGCUCAAUUAAAGAAAAGUUACUCAGUCCAGCAACUGUCCAGGACUAUCUUUUGUGGGUUAAAAUAAUACAAGAAAAAAGCUGAUGUACAAUUUCUAAAAAUAAUCAGAUAUCUAGCCUUGCGCAAUGCAGCGAUGCUGAGGAACGGGAAUGAAAUGUAUUAUUUAUUUGGAAGGAAAGCUGCUUGGUUCCGAUGCUCGUGCUUCAGAGGUCACGACUGUCACUGUAAUAGACAUUAAUCAUUUUAACGUUUUCCUUGACCUCCUCAAAAUCCACGACCUACUCAGAAUGCAUAGAAUUCAAAUAUUUAACAUAUAAGGAAAUGUUUUCUCAAGCUGGUGUUUUGAAAUCCACUACAAACAAAAUCAGUAUAAAAACAAGUAUGACACAGGACUCCAGUGGGAUUAGUAACUAAACAAUAUCAUGAAACAAAAUAAAAUCUCAAAGUAUUUUUGAAAAGAAGUUGGCGCUGAAAUGAAGCCAUAGUGCAACGGGAUGUAUUUACAUUUCCCACAUCUAAAAGAAAUUAAAAUGUUUACUAUUUGUGUCUGACACAGUCACUUCAUUUUUUCCCCAUUAUUUUUCAUAUUUUUUCUGGAUAAAUUUUUAUAAUAUUAACUGCAAAUGCUGUUCAUGCAGUUGAGAGGCAUUGUCAUGCUUAUAUGUAUUCCCCUUGGUUCAUGCCCCAGCUUUGUACUUAUUAUUGAAUUGAUUGUUGAGGAGCGAUUUUGUUUUCCAUGUCUCUUAGCAGGUUCAUUCUGCUCUCACUAAACUUCAUCUUUAGUCAUUAACACUGUAUCAUUUAAAGUUUUUUUUAUUUUAUUUUUGAUUUAAAAAUGUAAACUUCACUGGUUUUUACUUUUUUUUUUAGCAAACUAAGACUGUGCUACUGUAGUAUCCUUUAUUGUUACUGUUUUUAUUGAAUGCAGAUAAAACCUGUGGAAUGUGUGUAAAUCAGUAUUUUGUGUAGCUGAGAAUGGUGUAGAAGCUCCACUGUAUUAUACAUACUGAGCUUUGGGAGCUGCAAUUUUUGAUGGCUCAAUUA